UGACGUAUGUAGUAUGCGACGCGUUUGUUGAUAACAAGCAAACAUGUCUCUGUUUCCAGCAUUUGCAGGGUCUACUUCUAGUAAUGAUAAUGCAACUCCUGUCAGAACAGAGUUGGAUUGGCUCAGCAACAAAAGCUUCUGCACCGAGGAUGCCUUGUCACUGCACCAACGCGCACUGCAGGCUGCACUCCCCUCUCAACCUGUGACCCCCAUAUCCAGGAGUCGGUCUCCAUCGGAGCUGUCUGCAGAUAGUCAGACUGAAUCAAAGGCAGGAGGAAAGAAGAAAAAGAAGAAAAAGAAAAAAAAAUCUAAGAAGAAAAAGAAGCCCGAUGAUGAUAUCAGUAGCAGUGACAAAGAAUCCACAGAUGGGACAAGGAAGUUUACAGAUGAGCGGCAGGACACUCCGAUAUCAGACACUGGCCGCUGGGUAUGGCUGGAUGAAGCUCAGUCUGUGACAGAGGAGACAUUCAGAAUUGAUAAGAAAGCUGACCCUGCGAAUUGGGAAUAUAAAUCGCUUUACCGAGGAGACAUAGCAAGUUACCGGCGUAGAGGAAAUUCCUGCCUAGGGAUUAAUCCCAGGAAGCAACAGAUUAUCUGGGAUAAUUCAUCUUCUAAAAAGGCAAAAGUGCACAAAAAAACUGAACGCUACUAUACCAAAAAUGCAGUGCGCAACUUCCAGUGCGAAGGGGAACAUGUUGGGUGCGUUAGGAAUAAUGCGUCCCCAGAAAUGGCAGCUUUUAUCCCUAUGGAACCCACAGGCCAGGCUGUUUCAACUAGCUCCAGUAUUCCUACCAGCUGGGUAAAUCCACUUGGUGUAUAUGAUGCCUCUACAGCUUUGUGGUUGGAAGGCAAAGGUGGUCUGAAAACUGAUGAACCUCAGCUGGCGCCUAGAGACACGGGUGUUCUCACGAAAAUCGAGGAUUAUAAUAAAAAGAUACGAGAAGCCCCUGGGGAUAUCCAGACAUGGAUGGAGUUUGUCUCUUUUCAGGAUGAACUAAUUAGACACCCGAGCAUGUAUUCCACUAGCGAGGGAGAGUUGGGUAGUCACCGCAUGUCAGUAAAGCUAAUUCUGGAGAAGAAGUUAUCCAUCCUAGAACGAGCAAUCGAGAGCAACCCAGGCAGUACGGAGCUAAAGCUUUCCAGGCUCAAACUGUGCGAGGAGUUUUGGGAAGCGGCAGCUCUGCAGAAGGAAUGGAAAAAGCUUGUUUUCCUGCACCCUAAUGACCCACAGCUCUGGCAGAAAUACCUUCUGUUCUCCCAAAGCCAGUUCAGCUCCUUCUCGGUAUCCAAGGUGAAUGGCAUCUAUGGAAAGUGCAUCAGCACCUUAGCUGCAGUGCAAGAUGGCUGCAUGCAUUCUCACCCAGCCUUGGCAGAAACGGAGCGCAGCAUGUACGAUGUGUUUAUCCAACAGUGCCAUUUCUUGCGGCAGGCAGGCCAUACGGAAAAAUCGGUGUCCUUGUUUCAGGCCCUUAUUGAUUUUACCUUUUACAAACCUGACACCGUGAAGAAUAUGAACACCAAGGAACAGAUUGAAUUUUAUGAGCCUUUCUGGGACAGCGGGGAACCUCGUUUUGGCGAAAAAGGUGCCAAAGGCUGGUGUGCUUGGAUGAAACAACAAGAACGAGGCGGUUGGAUCACAAUCCACAACCUGGGAGAAGAGGAUGACGACGAAGCGGAGGAGGAUUUGGAAAUAAAAGAUAAACAUUGUGCCAAAAAUAAGAUCUGGUUGGAUGUGGAAUGUUCAAGAGAAGCUAGGCAAUGGAUGCCGUGGCGACCUGACCCUGUCAAAAAGCAGACUGAGGAGGACUGUGAGGACCCCGAGAGACAGGUCCUCUUUGACGAUCUGGGCCCAUCCAUGUUUAAGAUCUCCAGCCCCAAACUGCAGUUCCAGCUCAUCCUGUCCUUCUUACAGUUCCUUGGGGUCCCCUGUGGGUCUCGCCUUCCAGCACCUACCCUUUACCUCUCUCUGGAUGAACCUUCCAUCUUUGACCAAUACCCAGUAUAUGAAAGGUUACUGACCUCAUUUGAACUUCCUCUUUCUGGAAUUUGUCCGGUUGGUCACUUGGACACCAUAAGUAGAGGGAGAUGGCUGGCUGACCAUGGUAAAGAAGGAGAAGGCUUCAUUCAAAAUGUCUUCCAGGCUUCACUUUCACUUUUCCAAGGAGAUGAGAAGAUGAGACUUUCAGUCUACUGGCUACAAUAUGAAAUUUCAAAGGUGGUUUUCUACCUUCAAGCACAGAAAAAGAAGAAGCUGAAAUCUCAGGGCAAACGCAGCAAACGUCUAGCUAAAGCCCUACUCAAGGAAGCCUCCAGCCGGACCAGCCUGUCCCUCUGGAAGGAGUAUGCAUUACUGGAAUGGCUAUUGGGCAACACAGAUGAUGCCAGGAAGGUGUUUGAUGCAGCCCUCAGCUUAGCGGGAAAUAGGGGGUUAAAGGACCAGGAGCUCUGCAGCUUAUGCCUGCUGUACGCAGAACUGGAAGGCUGCUUAGAAAAAGGUGCGGGAAGCCGGGCAAUUUACAUCCUCACAAGCCUUACAGAAAAUACGCAGUAUAUUCCUUAUACUGAACCAGUGCAAACUACUCGUGUUUUGAAAGCUCGCAAGGUGUAUGAACAUGCUUUGCAAGGCUGUGCAAGCGACCCAGCUGCCUCUGCUCUGCUCUGUAUAUCUGGCUGCUUCGCACUUUUCCAGUAUCUCACUGUGAGUCUUAAUGCUGCUAUUGCAGUGCUUGUGCAAGCUACAGACUCAUGCCCUAAUGCUUCACACAAGGAAACACAAGACUUCUACAGCGCUCGGCAAGCAAUCACAUUGAUGCACACUAAUUUGCUAAGGUACCAUACCAAGGUCAGUGUGUACCCCCUAGCCCCACUCAGAGACGCUCUCACAGCCUCCUUAAAGCUGUAUCCCACAAAUGUCUCUCUGUGGAAAACCUACAUUCAAACUGAGAACAAAUGCCACAAUGUCAGUAAGGCCAGGAGAUUUCUAGACAGCAUCAGGAGGACAACAGACGCUCUUGAGCCUCGUCUGUUUGCUAUUAAAGCAGAAGAAGACCGGAAGAAACUGAUGGACUCUGUACAGAGACUAGAUUUGGGAGCGAUACACUCAUUCAUCCCGGAGACUGGUUUAUCCAAUCGCAUCAAAGCCCUGUUUGAGCACGCCCUGCGCUCGGACUACGGCUCCAAAUGCCCCCUCCUUUGGCGCAUGUAUCUGCACUUCAUGGUAUCUUUGGGCCAUCUAGAGCGUGGCAGGGGGUUGUUUUACAAGGCAAUUCAGAACUGUCCAUGGGCGAAGGUGCUGUAUAUGGAUGCGGUGGAGUAUUUUCCAGAAAAGCUGCAGGAGAUUAUAGAUCUGAUGGCAGAGAAGGAGUUAAGAGUCAGAGUGCCAUUAGAAGAGCUGGAUCUGCUGUUGGAAGACUAACCAGAGUUCCACAUUUCCUGGUGGUACCAUCAUGGAGCAAA